UUCACAUCUAAAUCUUCUCGUUUUCUUCUUCUUCUGGGAACUGGGAUUCAUUCUUUUGGCAGCUGAGCAGAGCAGCCCAAGAGCUCUGGUUUCUGUUUAUAAGAAGAAUACGCAGAUAGAAGAGUACCCUUUCUUCCUUUGUUGCUUUACUUUUUAUGGUUAAAUAUGUAAAUCUUGUUUUUAUCGGAGCUAAAAUUCCACAUAUACUACUAAAUUUUAACAAGUCCCGACAUUUCUGAACAUCGUACACUCACUCUGUCUGUCACCUCCAACAUAUUACAACAGCCAUCUCUCUCUCUGAUUCUGUACUUCAGUUUCAUCAGUUUGAGGUUGCUAAGCUGUCCAAGAGCAACCCACAAGUCAUUUCGGAAAAUUUUUGAGAGCAAAAAUAGUUUUAGAACAGAUCUGAAAGUACAUGUGAAGUGAAGAAGAAGCUUGAUGGAGAUUCAAAGAAAGAGAAGAGAGAGAGACACAUUCCAUGAAUCUUUUGUUUGAUGUUAUUUUCAGCUCCUCAAAUGCGUUAGAUAAUAGAUACCACUGCAAAGAGACUACUCUCUCAUUCUCAACCACUUCUAUAUUAAAAAUUCUCAUAAGAAAAUACAAAAAUUUCUUUAUGUCAGCUCAUUUGGUGAUGAAUAUCUGAGGCCAAACAUGAAGAAACAAUGGAGGGUAUCAUUAUUUUUGCAUCAAGAACAACAACAAGGCCUCAUGGGAAUCUUUGGCUUUAUGUUCUUGCUUCUCUUUCACCUUCAAGUAAUGCUAUCUUUUGCCAGACAACUAUCCACAAGUAAUGAAGAAGUGGCGAAUUUGAUGCUUUUCAAACACUCUGUUGAUUCUGAUCCAAAUGGUUUCUUAGGCAACUGGACUGCCAAUUCUGCAAGUCCUUGCUCAUGGAAAGGUGUCAUCUGCUCUGCUGAUGGCCAUGUUACCACUCUCAACCUCAACAACUUUGGCCUCAUUGGUGGUUUAAACCUUCCAACGCUCACAGCUUUGCCAUAUCUUAUCCAUCUAUUUCUGCGAGGCAAUUCUUUUUCUGCUGGCGAUUUAUCCACAUCCAGUUCUUGCAACUUGGAAACUAUUGACUUGUCUUUGAACAACCUUUCAGGCCCUCUUCCACCAAGAUCAUUUUUUCUCUCUUGUGAUCAUCUAUCUUAUGUUAAUCUCUCACACAAUUCAAUCUCUGGGGGUACUCUCCAUUUUGGUCCUUCUCUUCUCCAGCUUGACCUCUCUCGCAAUAAAAUUUCGGAGUCUACUUUCUUGAGUUAUAGUCUCUCUAGUUGUCAGAACUUGAAUCUGCUCAACUUUUCAGAUAAUAAGCUUGCUGGUAAACUGAGUGUUACUCCCUUAUCCUGCAAGAAUCUCUCAACUCUUGACCUUUCAUACAAUCUUUUGUCAGGAGAGAUACAGCCUCGCUUUGUUGCGGAGGCACCAGGAUCUCUCAAGUAUCUUGAUCUCUCUCACAACAAUUUCUCUGGCAAAUUAUCCAAUCUUGACUUUGGGCAGUGCAGCAACCUCACUGUGGUCAAUCUCUCUCAAAACAUCUUCUCAGGGUCUGAAUUUCCAACAAGCUUGAAGAACUGUCAGCUUCUGGAAACACUUAACCUCUCUCAUAAUGCUCUGCAGGACAAGAUUCCUGGCUUGUUAGUGGGAAAUUUGAAGAAGUUGAAGCAUCUAUCUUUAGCUCAUAACAAGUUUACUGGUGAGAUUCCUCCUGAGUUGGGGCAGGUUUGUGGGACUCUUGAGGAGCUGGAUCUUUCUUUCAACAAGCUAACUGGUGAACUGCCUUCAACUUUUGUAUCGUGCUCUUCUCUGCAUAGCCUCAAUCUUGGAAACAAUCUGCUGUCAGGAGAUUUUCUCAGUACAGUUGUGAGUAAGCUUUCGAGUUUGAUAAAUCUUUAUGUACCAUUCAACAACAUAAGUGGUCCUGUACCUUUGUCUCUAACUCAUUGUACUCAACUUCGAGUGCUAGACCUCAGUUCUAAUGCCUUAACAGGAACCAUCCCAUCGGGGUUCUGUUCUUCUCCUAACCUCUCAGCUCUGGAAAGGAUAGUUUUACCAAACAAUUACCUCUCAGGAACUGUACCCUUGGAGCUUGAAAACUGCAAAAAUUUGAAGACAAUUGAUCUUAGUUUCAACAGCUUACGCGGUGCAAUCCCACUAGCCAUUUGGACCUUACCAAAUCUUUCUGAUUUGGUUAUGUGGGCAAACAACCUCACAGGUGAAAUCCCAGAAGAAAUUUGUGCCAAUGGGGGAAAUUUAGAGACCUUAAUUCUCAAUAACAAUCUCCUGAAGGGAAAAAUUCCACAGUCCAUUUCUAGGUGCACAAAAAUGAUUUGGGUAUCACUUUCCAGCAACCUUCUUUCUGGAGAAAUCCCUGCUGGCAUUGGAGAUCUUCCUAGCCUUGCGGUCCUCCAAUUGGGUAACAAUUCGCUCAGUGGACAGAUCCCAUCAGAGCUUGGUAAGUGCAGGAGCCUCAUUUGGCUUGAUUUGAACAGCAAUGACUUAAGUGGUGCUCUCCCUCCUGCGCUUGCUGACCAAGCUGGCCUAGUCAUGCCAGGAAUUGUUUCAGGAAAGCAGUUUGCUUUUGUGAGAAAUGAGGGAGGGACAUCCUGUAGGGGUGCUGGUGGACUAGUCGAAUUUGAGGGGAUUCGACCAGAGAGGCUGGAAGGCUUUCCUAUGGUUCACUCUUGUCCGUCUACUAGAAUUUACUCUGGCAUGACAGUUGAUACGUUCACUAGCAAUGGCAGCAUGAUCUACCUUGAUCUCUCCUACAAUUCCUUGACGGGAACUAUUCCUGAAAGUCUUGGUUCAUUAAGCUAUUUGCAAGUCUUGAAUUUGGGCCACAACAACCUAACGGGUAAUAUUCCUGACAGUUUUGGAGAUUUGAAAGCAAUUGGUGUUCUGGAUCUCUCUCACAAUAAUUUUCAAGGACGGAUCCCAGGGUCGUUGGGGGGUCUCUCUUUUCUCAGUGACCUUGAUGUGUCCAACAACAACUUAUCUGGUCCCAUCCCUUCUGGAGGUCAGCUGACCACUUUCCCAGCUUCAAGAUAUGAGAACAAUUCUGGCCUCUGUGGGUUACCUUUGUCCCUCUGUGGCUCUGGAAGUCACACUGCACCUUUUCGCUCUGGAGGAAAUAAACAGACUCUUGAAGCCGGGGUGAUCAUUGGAAUCACAUUCUUUGUCUUGUGCAUCCUUGGACUUACAUUAGCAUUGUAUCGAGUGAAGAAGUACCAGCAGAAGGAGGAACAGAGAGAGAAAUACAUUGAAAGCCUUCCAACUUCAGGUAGCAGUAGCUGGAAACUUUCCAGCGUCCCUGAGCCUCUGAGCAUCAAUGUUGCUACAUUUGAGAAACCUCUGAGGAAGCUCACCUUUGCCCAUCUUAUGGAAGCUACCAAUGGUUUCAGUGCUGAUAGUUUGAUAGGGACCGGGGGGUUUGGUGAGGUUUACAAAGCACAACUAAGGAAUGGCUGUGUUGUUGCAAUCAAGAAACUAAUUCGUGUCAAAGGUCAGGGAGACAGAGAAUUUAUGGCAGAAAUGGAAACUAUUGGAAAGAUUAAGCACCGAAACCUGGUUCCUUUGCUGGGUUACUGCAAGAUUGGGGAGGAAAGGCUUCUUGUGUAUGAGUACAUGAAAUGGGGGAGUCUGGAGUCCGUCCUUCACGACAGGGCCAGAGAAGGCAGCACAAGGCUUGACUGGGCUGCUAGAAAGAAGAUUGCCAUAGGGUCAGCACGAGGCCUUGCAUUCCUUCACCAUAGCUGCUUGCCUCACAUUAUUCACCGGGACAUGAAGUCUAGCAAUGUUCUUCUAGAUGAAAAUUUUGAGGCCAGGGUUUCUGAUUUUGGUAUGGCAAGAUUGGUGAAUGCUCUUGACACUCAUCUCAGUGUGAGCACCCUUACAGGAACUCCAGGCUAUGUUCCUCCUGAGUACUACCAGAGUUUCCGUUGCACAACAAAAGGUGAUGUCUACAGUUAUGGUGUCAUAUUACUAGAGCUUCUUUCAGGCAAAAGACCUACAGACCCAUCUCAGUUUGGUGAUGACAACAACCUAGUUGGAUGGGCAAAGCAGCUUCAUAGAGAAAAGAGAAGCAAUGAGAUACUGGAUCCCGAGCUGAUGACACAGAAACCUGGUGAGGCUGAACUAUUCCAGUGUCUGAGGAUUGCCUUUGAGUGCCUAGAUGACAGGCCACACAGGCGACCAACCAUGAUACAGGUAAUGGCAAUGUUCAAAGAGCUUCAGGUUGACACAGAAAGUGAUAGCCUUGAUGGUUUCUCAUUGAAAGACACGGUUAUUGAAGAGUUGCGUGAGAAAGAACCUUAGUUCAUGCCAUCCAAAUUCAGUUGGACUUAAAACGGUUUUGCUCUUGCCUUGCUACACAUGGCCAGGCUAAGGGGCUAUGCAGAUGAAGUAUCAGUGAGUUGGACCUCUGAUAUAGAGAUGAGGUUUACCCUCCCCAUUUUGCCUAGUGUAAAUAAUAGAACACUGAAUGAGACAGAGAAAACAUGAAGGAACAAAGUAAUGGGGUCUUUCAGUUUCUGUAAGUUGGGUAACUUUGUUUAUUUUGUUUGAUCAAUAUUUCUGUUAGUAAAGACUUCAAGACUUUGUUCCUUUGCCAA